CUCCUUCAUGCGGGGUCAGAUCCAUGUCACAACAUAAUAAUCUUUCUUUCUUACAUAAUAUCGCGGCUGAGUUGCUCACACGUACAGAGAAAAGAUUGGACACGAGGAGAAUAAUCAGUGCAGUUCUUGCUGCUCACGACGCAGAUAUCGAGUCUGGGCUAUGUCUUCCAGACAUAUUUAUGCAGGGAGGGGGAUUCUAUGGUCUAUGCAUUGGUUCAUUCGGCGUGAUUGGCGCGCCCGGAGAACUGGCCGCGUACACGGCGGGGCACGUCUGUCAGUCGCACAGAUAUCAUCGCAAGCCAUGCUUCAGCUUCACGUUUCACGAGCGACAUGAGUUAGACAGUCCGCUUCGGUCAUCGCAAGCGUCAGCAUGGCACGCUGAUCAUUUGAAUGACGAGAGCGCUGCAAGAGUAAGAGGGUCCAUGGCCGAGGAGGGGCAUGGUAUGUCGCCGCGCGAGAACAAGCUCUCAAUCAGAAGAGAAGCACGUCCUGCUGCUGGCCCGAUGUCCUUGCCGGCGCUGCUAUCACGUCAACGUGCCACAUCUGCUGGGAUGUGGAUGUGGAUUGCGCUUCGUACCUCUUUCCAUAGCUCGAGGAAUAUCCAUUUGCGUGGGCAACUUUGCAAGCGUCAAACCCACCAUCACGGUUUGGCAUUGCCAAUUCAGAUAAAUACUCGUCACCCAGAUUGCUCCGUCUGAGGGCCGAUUGCUUCUGUUCUCAUGAUCAUGAGAAUAUAUUUGUGG